CCAAGGCCUCCAGCCCGCGCGCGUAGGGGGCGUACACGUGGUGACCUGCCUGGGGCCGGUUCCCUGCUCCGGCUCCUCCUCCUUCCAGCUCUUGCUCUGCUUUCUGCAGUAUCACGUGCAGCCGCGCCGGGUGCAGGAUGGCGGCGGCUGCAGCAGCGGUGGGCGUCAGGCUCCGGGACUGCUGCAGCCAGGGCGCUGUGCUCCUGCUCUUCUUCUCCCUGUCCCCUAGGCCACCGGCCGCUGCCGCCUGGCUGCUGGGCCUGCGGCCCGAGGACACCGCUGGAGGCCGCGUGUCCCUGGAGGGGGGCACCCUGCGCGCGGCAGAAGGCACCAGCUUCCUCCUGCGGGUGUAUUUCCAGCCUGGGCCCGCGGCGCCUGAGGCGCCGGUACCCGCACCCACUCUUUCAACGGGGGUGAACGGCACCGGCGACUGGGCUCCGCGGCUUGUGUUUAUCGAGGAGCCCCCAGGCGGGAGCGGCUUGGCGCCCAGCGCUGUCCCCACGCGCCCCCCAGGGCCACAGCGCUGCCGAGAGCAGAGCGACUGGGCAUCCGACGUGGAGGUCCUGGGGCCCCUGCGCCCCGGAGGCGUGGCAGGCUCGGCUCUAGUCCAGGUGCGGGUGCGGGAGCUGCGCAAGGGGGAGGCAGAGCGGGGCAGCGCGGGCGGUGGCGGGAAGCUCUUCUCGCUGUGCGCCUGGGACGGGCGCGCCUGGCACCACCACGGCGCCGCCGGCGGCUUCCUGCUGCGCGUCCGCCCGCGGUUGUACGGCCCCGGCGGGGGCCUGCUACCCCCAGUGUGGCUGCGGGCGCUUGGGGCGUUUCUGUUGCUCGCCCUGUCUGCCCUGUUCAGCGGCCUGCGCCUGAGCCUGCUCUCGCUGGACCCCGUGGAGUUACGGGUGCUGCGGAACAGCGGCUCGGCCACCGAGCAGGAGCAGGCGCGCCGCGUACAGGCCGUGCGCGGCAGGGGGACACAUCUGCUCUGCACUCUGCUCCUGGGCCAAGCCGGAGCCAACGCGGCCCUGGCUGGCUGGCUGUACACCUCGCUGCCGCCGAGCGUCGGGGAUCCGGGGGAAGACUAUGGCGAGGCAGGGAUUCACUUUCCGUGGCUGCCGGCGCUCGUGUGCACCAGCGCCGUGUUCCUGGGCGCCGAGAUCUGCCCCUAUUCAGUGUGUUCUCGGCACGGGCUGGCCAUCGCCUCGCACAGCGUAUGCCUGACCCGGCUCCUGAUGGCAGCCGCCUUCCCCGUGUGCUACCCGCUGGGCCGCCUGCUGGACUGGGUUCUGCGCCAAGAGAUCAGCACCUUCUACACGCGGGAGAAGCUGCUGGAGACGCUGCGGGCGGCAGACCCCUACGGCGACCUGGUGAAAGAGGAACUCAACAUCAUCCAGGGCGCCCUGGAGCUGCGCACCAAAGUGGUGGAGGAGGUGCUGACCCCCCUCGGAGAUUGCUUCAUGCUGCGCUCUGAUGCCGUGCUCGACUUCGCCACCGUCUCUGAGAUCCUGCGCAGUGGCUACACUCGCAUCCCCGUGUACGAGGGCGACCAGCGGCACAAUAUUGUUGACAUUCUGUUUGUCAAGGACUUGGCCUUCGUGGACCCCGACGACUGCACCCCACUGCUCACCGUCACCCGCUUCUACAACCGGCCCCUGCACUGUGUCUUCAAUGAUACCCGGCUGGACACGGUGCUGGAGGAGUUUAAAAAGGGAAAAUCUCACCUGGCCAUUGUUCAGCGGGUGAAUAAUGAGGGAGAAGGGGACCCCUUCUAUGAGGUGAUGGGUAUUGUCACACUGGAGGACAUCAUAGAGGAGAUCAUUAAGUCGGAGAUCCUGGACGAAACUGACCUCUACACCGACAAUCGGAAAAAGCAGAGGGUCCCGCACCGGGAGAGGAAGCGGCAUGACUUCUCCUUGUUUAAGCUUUCCGACUCAGAGAUGAGGGUGAAGAUCUCUCCACAGCUGCUGCUAGCUACACACCGCUUCAUGGCCACAGAAGUGGAGCCCUUUAAGUCUCUGUACCUCUCAGAGAAGAUCCUGCUUCGGCUCCUGAAACAUCCCAACGUGAUCCAGGAGCUAAAGUUUGACGACAAGAACAAGAAAGCUCCAGAACACUACCUCUACCAGCGCAGCCGCCCUGUGGACUAUUUUGUGCUGCUCCUCCAGGGGAAAGUGGAGGUGGAAGUUGGUAAGGAAGGCCUUCGCUUCGAGAAUGGAGCCUUCACCUACUAUGGUGUCCCAGCCAUCAUGACCACUGCGUGCUCAGAUAACGAUAUGCGGAAGGUGGGAAGCCUGGCUGGAUCCUCUGUCUUUCUGCCCGUCUCUGUGUCCCAUACCUUCGCCGUCAGCAGAGGGGACUCUCUGGCAGGCUCCCCAGUGAACCGCUCCCCUUCUCGCUGCAGCGCGCUGAACCGCUCGGAGUCGCCCAGUCGUGAGCGCAGUGACUUUGGGGGGAGCAACAGCCAGCUGUGCUGUAGCAGCAACAACCUCUACACUCCCGACUACUCGGUCCACAUCCUCAGCGACGUGCAGUUUGUGAAGAUCACACGGCAGCAGUACCAGAAUGCACUGACCGCCUGCCACAUGGACAACUCACCCCAGUCCCCCGACAUGGAGGCCUUCACUGAUGGAGACUCCACCAAGGCCCCCACGACCCGGGGCACUCCCCAGACGCCCAAGGAUGACCCUGCUGUCACUCUCCUGAACAAUAGCAACAACCUGACGUGCAGCCGCUCAGAUGGGCUGAGAAGCCCCGGCGAGGUCGUGUACCUGAGGAUGGAGGAGAUGGCCUUCACCCAGGAGGAUAUGACAGACUUGUUGGAGCACAGCACACAGCAGCUCUCACUGUCUCCUGCAGCUGUUCCCACGAGAGCAGCAUCAGAUAGUGAAUGUUGUAACAUCAACCUGGACACAGAAACCAGCAGUAGCGACUUCGAGGAAACCAUGGGCAAGAAGCUGCUGAGAACCUUCAGUGGUCGGAAAAGAAAGAAGUCACCUGAAGGAGACAGAGCCUCUGAGGAGCACUCCAAUCUAACGCCUCUGAUCACAUGACAGGGCAGCCAGCCUUUGUUGGGUGUGUGAGAUUCCAAAGCUUUGGGGGAGAACCCACCCUCCCAUCCUGUGCUGCUCCCCAAGGCCUCUCACAGGUGACAGAGUGUUCUGCUUUCCUUACCACCUCUUCACCCCUGGCAGUUGGGCAGAUUUUCCCUCGUGGCCUCGUUUGACUCAAAGCCCUGCCGUGGCCAUGAAAGGAGGUGCCUCCAGUGGAACGUGUUAGAAAUGAUCUUGUCCACAAGACAGUCGGUGACUGGAGAAGCAAUGACCCCAAGCGGACAACGCCACUCUGGGACCCCUGAUGCCCUUUUUGUUCUUUGAGAUCCCGAUGCCAUAGUUCAUGCUUAGCUUAACUCAAAAGUUGCCACUGGCAAACAGGCACCUAGGAAGCUGGAGUAGCAGGUAUGAAGGUUAGCUCAGGAGAUGCCCCAAGGAUUCCUCCAGAACUUGAGGGCAGUGGGACUCACCCAUGUUGGCAUGUGAAGUUACAGUACAGAAAACUGUCGGUGACCGGUUUCCUGUUAGAGAAAGGUCCCAGCAGCCUGGGAAGCGUGUCUCAGCUGGCAUGGAAAGAAUGUGAGAUGGAACCUCAAGUCACUGUUUUACCCAGGGACACAUCUGCUUUGGCUCCCGAUCAGCAGUCAUCGAUCCAUCAAUACAUCUGCUCUGGAAGAGGAGCAGGGAGCAGACAGACCCAAUCGGGAGCCAGAGAUGGAACUUCAGGUUUUCAGUUCAAAUCCAAGCAAAAAAGAAAAAAAAA